UUUCAUUGAGUUCUUGAUCUCAAACUACAAUUGUAAAGGAUUAUGACUGUAGGAGGAACUUUAUCUACUACCUCUAUCAUCUCCCAAAAGAUGCCAUUGCAUUUAAAGAAACGUCUACAAAGGCUUUUGACCAUGAGCACAACGUCAAAAAAAUAGAUCCCCAUGUAAUGAAACAGGACCAUUCUACCUCCCAUAUAGAUCAUAUUCCAGCAGGCGCUGCUUACUUUCAACUAUUGACUUCUCUGAAGCCCCCCCCCCCUUUUACCAUCCGAUGAAGCCGGCUCCAUUCCCUUUGCAUCUACUUCGCUCAUCAAAAUCUUACAACACUUCUCAAUUACCUUGCAGUCGCCUCAAUCUAAAGAACUCGAGGAAACCCUUAUGAUAUGCGAGGAAGCUACAAUAACAGGCAGACGCAAGCUUUGUGCCACAAGCAUCAAGUCUAUGCAGGACUUUGUAUCAUCAGUCCUUGGCCCUAAGGCCAACCUUCAAAAGCUCACCACUACCAUACACAAUAGGCCGCUUCAUCCUUCCCUUCAGGCUUACACCGUGCAAGAGAUUCAUGUUCAACUGCCACUGUCAUCUAUAACAGCGUGUCAUACUAUGCCUUACCCAUAUGCUGCGUUUUAUUGCCAUGAUGUGCCUAAAACCAGAGUAUUCAAGGUGACACUUGAAGGUGAGGAUGGAAAUAAAAUUGAUGCAGCAGCAGGUUGUCACUUGGAUAGCUCUCACUGGGACACUGACCAUGCUGCUUUCAAGGUGCUUGGCACCAAGCCGGGCAGCGAACCUGUCUGUCACUUCCUUACCAAAGACACCAUGGCUUGGGUUUCGACUUCUCUCGUCGAGGCAGCCAUGGAAAUCAUUGAUCUCAAACCUUGUCGGGUAGUUUGAAUGCCACUAUGUUUGUGUGGUUGUGUUUGUAAUAAAGACAUUCAUCAGUAAGGAAUAUGGUGACUUUUCACCUACGUUCCUUUUCUUAUCACUUGGUGCUUGUGUGAACAUUGUGACCGCAGUAAACUAUGUAUCCUUUAUGAAUAAUUUGUUGGCUGAAUCAAUGGGGAGAGUACCGCUACUUUUAGUAGGA